GCUGUAGAUAAACGCGUCGUGCCUUGACCCAUCGACGUUGUAGACAGAAUCUAGACAGAAUCUAAACACCCACUAGUCCUAAUUAGUGCAAUAGUAAACAAUCCCAGGUCGCGACUUCCCCGUGCCCCCGUCCCUGCCUCACUAGCGCCAAUCCGCCUAGGGGAAGUCGCGUUCCCGGCCUUGUCCCUUCCUAUUUCGAUCUUUAACACCAAACGCACCACCCACCCGCCACUCAAUUCUCGAUAACUUCAUUUUUUCGAUACACAUGAAUGUUGCUUCGCGCGCGCAUACGACUACGCGCUUAAGGAUUCAAGAGAGUCGAGGGGGUUGAAGAAGAAGUUGUUCUUGUUGUCGUUGUUGUGUGUGUGUGUAUGUGGGGUGCAUGAGGCAUUCAAGUCAGUCGUCUGUUGGUUCAAUAAACAUCUCUGCUUGUGUGUUGGCAGAAGAGACUAUACAUGCAUGUCACCACUUCGCCACGUUGAAACGUUGACUCCAAGCCGCUUUUUGCUCUCGUUCACAUUCGACCAUCCUGAUCUACCAUACCAACAUCUUGCAGCAAGAGAGUCUGUUGCCGCUCAAGAGACUACUACUCCCACUGUUGCCUUGAUCUCGAUCUAUACCGACGACUCCCACAAACCAACCGACGACAAACCUACAAAACCAACAAAGCUUUUUGACAUCUACUUUGGAUGUUCACCCCUCAUCUAUCAGACCAUAUCCCCCUCUCACUAUUUUCGAUGAGCUGAGAGCCAUAAUCUGAACGUGCAAGAUCGAAACCGCUCGUUCUUUCAUACCUCCUACCAGCCACACCACCCAUACAUCUACUGCUUCACCAUACAAUGUCAUACUCGAAUAGCGGUGGCGGCACGCUUACCCUACCAUCGCCAACACAUGUUCGCCAUGUUGAUGUCACCUCAGCAGUAAGAUCUUUGCGACGCUCGCUGUCGCGAUCACCAUCCGAAUUUAACCUCAAGACGCAGAGAACCCCCGCACAGUCGCCAAAGACACCUUUAUCGCCAUCGCCUUUAUCCCCAGGGUCGCCCUCGGGACUUGGCCAGACACACCAAAACUUCUUUGGCACACCAACACAUGCGCCUUCCCCGCUGGCGAAGCCCUUCCCACCAAGUGUGAAGUUGUCGCUCCGAUCAGCGAACCGCGCAAAGAAUUCACCCACUACAUCUAGAGUGCGCACUUCCCCGAGGAGUCCACUAAAACGUGUCUCGACUAGCGAGUCCAACAAUCGCCUUAACUCGCAAUUCCCACUCGGCGUGACACUCCGAGAAGAAUACGAGAUGAAGAAGUGCGACAACACAAGACCUACCGAACCCAAGAAUAUGGCGGCACAGAACCGCGAGACGAAUACGCUCAACCCUGAGAAGAGCGCUCCAAUCAACCAAGCGCUGGCAAGAUUGGAGGGGAAACACGAGGGCGCCACCACGCCAACUUCGACAUCCAGCCCAUUGAAGCGCAGUGAUGCGAUUAUGAACCUGGACCAGGCGAGUCUGGGAAGCCCAGUUGCAAAGCGUAGAAGCUUGCACGGGUCUGGGACGUUCGGCACUGACUUCAAUGUCUUUGAUCACGGACCGAUGUUAUCACCGAAAUUUGAUAUCCACGAUGAUACAAAUAUACCAGAGUUUGAGUUCUCUGCACAGUCUGUUACGGGAGGGAGUUCAUUCUCUAGCAUGCCAAAGCGCUCAUCAUCUCUGCGCAAGUCGACUUUACAGCAGCGCCAGGAGAAGAGCGCUUCGUGGGGAAAGAGACAGGCAGUAUACGAGUUAUCAUCGCUGUCGAAUGAGUACUCCACGCCAACACCACCGAAGAAUAGGCCACGGCUUUCCCUGGAUCAGUUCAUGCCGCCUAUGUCUCGGGAUAGCCCAUUCUCAUCACAGCGCGCCCUCCCAAACCCGUCGAUGCACAUGUUUAACCUCCAACCCACACAGAAACAACACCCACUCUCCAGGACGUUGACAACAUCUUCGUCAAGCUCCAGCAUGCCUGAUGAGUCUCCAACCCACGUUCCCGUCAAUUUCGGCGAGAACCCGAGGCCAAAGCUGGACUUCUCAAAGUCUCUGCCUGUGGGUGCUCUGCGCCCCAUUGCCUUGCAGACCAUUGCCCGCGAAGAGUUUGGCUCGAAUACGUUCUUGACACCCGAGAACUACAAAUCGGCGAAGCCGAACCCACUUGCAUUCAUGUCUACUGGGCUUAUCUCAAAGGUCAACCAUCACCCGGAAAUUAUGCCCCGCGGAAACGUCAAAUCGAAUAUGCCCGAUACUCCGUGUAAGAAGCCACUCAAUGGGUUCAACACAAUGCCUGCUCCAUCUGUUGCAGGCAGUGCCAUCGCGAAGGCUAGGCACAUUAGGCACUCUUUUGGCGCCCCAUCCACUCCAUUCAACGCGAACGGAAUCCAAGCCGUAUUUGGCAGCUCCUUCGGGAAUAGAGGUCUUGUUCGACGCGGUAGCUUUAUCAGCAUCGAUGGCGAUGAAGACAACCAGAACGACAGCCAGUCGGCCAGCGAUCACGAUCUGCCACCAACCCCGACCAAGCAAGCACUUACCAGUAACAACACCAACCGCGGCAGCCCACAUGCGCUCCGAUCUCUCCAACUUUCGGCAUUUGGCAAUGAGAUGUCAAAGGUCUCCUCAAGACCAAGAACAAGCAGUAAGUUGAACCUGCUCACUACCUUCUGUGACCCCGAGGACAGCGGCGAGGACUUUCUCGACCCGGAUUCUCCUUCUAUUCCUGUGUACAAUUUCUCUCCCAGUCCUUCUCUUUCGAUGCCGUCCCUCGGAUGCUCCCAAGUCUCCAAGGGGCCCAAGCUGGAAUUUCCGGAGUCCUAUUCUACCAAGUCUCUCGCUUCUCCCUUCGUCAGUCCUAUCUCGAAACCGGACAAUGCUAAAUUUAGUCACGUGGCUCCAGCCUCUCCCCUGGACCGCAUAGAUUUCAUUGAGAAGCGCGCUCCGCACACGCCAAAUGCAGAUGCGCUGCCGCACGACGCGGGCCGUUUCUCGAUUUCGGCUCGGAGGUCUCGCCAGCUCGCAAAGCAAGGUAGUGCGACAAGCGGAACUAUGCCUCCACCGGCAACACCAACGACUGGCAAGGAUCUUCAGACUAACGGAGGUGUUACUCCUGUUAACGGAUCUGUGCCUGUUGAAGUGGACGAGGUCCUCACGUCCCUGUUCGAAACGGUUGAGAAGAUUGGAGGAGGCGAGUUCUCGGACGUCUAUCGCGUCACACAGCGUCAGGUCACUCAGGCCAAGGAGCAGUCGUUCUACUUGGGCACAUCAGACUUUCCACUUGAAGGCGGAUCACCACCUUCUCCAGUACCGGACCGUGCCUUUGCAGUUAAGAAGUCUCGCGCUCCGUAUACGGGAAACAAGGAUCGACAGCGCAAGCUGCAAGAGGUCAAUGUGCUUAAGGCGCUUGGGCGUUCAGACCAUAUCAUUCAGCUUUUCGACAGCUGGGAGACGAACGACCAUCUCUAUAUCCAGACAGAGUUCUGCGAAGAGGGCACUCUACAACUGUUCUUGAGGAAUGUUGGUAUGAAGGGUAGAUUGGACGACUUUAGAAUCUGGAAGAUCAUGCUUGAGCUCGGACAAGGUUUGCGUUAUAUCCACGAUGCUGGAUAUCUCCACUUGGACUUGAAGCCGGCGAACAUCUUCAUCACGUUUGAAGGUGUAAUUAAGAUUGGCGACUUCGGAAUGGCAACAUCUUACCCAGCACAGCAAGGAAUCGAAGGCGAAGGAGAUCGCGAGUAUAUCGGGCCGGAGAUUCUUCUGGGGCAAUACGACAAGCCGUCGGAUAUCUUCGCGUUUGGUCUCAUUAUGCUCGAAAUCGGAGGAAACGUUUUGUUACCCGAUAACGGACCGACGUGGCAGCGACUUCGGUCAGGCGACAUGAGCGAUGUUCCGAGUUUGACUUGGAGUAAUGCCAGCGCCGUGUCUCGAGAUGCGACUGGCAUUGUAGACGACAGCGACACCAGCAUGGACUCGUAUCUUAGCGACGACGAGAUUGAGCGCGACAUGAAGUCCCAACGCAUCCAAGGCAGGAGGCGUAACUACAAUCCUCCCAAGCGCUCGACUUCGCACGACCCAGCGAAUCUCUUCGGAUCUCUUAGGCGCGGCGAAUUGAACAAUGCCCCAGCGUUCAUGAAGGACCAAUACCACCGCGGCGCCCUAGAUGGACUCGUCAAAUGGAUGAUCACCCCUCGGCCUGAGGAGAGACCUACAAUCCACGAGGUUCUGGAGUCCGAAGGUGCUCGUUGGGUCGAAGCCCGUCGUCGUGCAGGCGCCACUGUCUUUGAAGGCAACUGGGGUCCUGGCGACGACGUGCUCGCCGACGACGCCGAGAUGAUCGAUGUUUAAUCCCCGUAUACCCUUCAAUUUUGGCUUACGCCACGCAGCUUCUUUGCUCAGCUCCUCGACUGGAUAGGAGAUUUGAGACGAGGAAGAUUGGGGAUUGGACAUCCGACCACCGCCUCACUGGAUACGCGCCCUUUAUGAUUCUAUGCUUGUUUACCCUUCUACGCCGCCGACGCCCUACUACGACGACCCCUAAUUUGAGUAUGUGUUUACGACAUGAUAGUUUUUACGCCUUCGACCACCCUUUAUGACGAUUUGAGAUUUGAGAUUUUUACUGGCACCGCAAGACCUUUAGAAGGGAUGAGAUAUCCCGGAUACGAAAUAGCGUUCCUUGUUUGGAGUGCCCCUGCCCCGUUAUUUUACGACAGCGAUUUGUGCUUGGGCUUUGAUUUAUUGUUUUUCGAAAAAGAGCGAGGUUAUUGUUCAUGCUGUUUCCUGUGGGAGGCCCCUGGAAUUGGGGUUUUUAUCAUCUCGCGGUUUACGCGGAAUGUUUUAUGCCGGGCUCUUCUUUCGCAACACGACUUUCUCUCUUUCUUCGGGAGAGAGAGGGGAGUGGGAGAGAGGAGUUCUUGAUGCAAAAGGAGGGAAUAUAGUGAGAUCUCCCGCGGGAUUUGUUUUUUACGGCACCCAUGGGGGGGGGAAAAUGUGGUACAUUUUUGCUGGUUGUGUUUUGGAGUAUAUUUUGCUCCUGCUUCUUGUUUUGCGAGAAUGGGGGUUCAUUUACGGGACAUCUGGAAAUGAUGACUUUGUUAGAGUAUUGUGUGCAUGUAUGGAAAGAACGGAUUAGGGAUGGGAGGUGGGUUUGAGAGUUGGGAAUGGAAUGGAAGGGGGGGUAGGAGACUGGAGGAUGGACUGAGGGAUGGAUGUAUGGAUGAAAAGGAGGGAUUGCGGCUAGUUUUUUCGGAGAGCAGUACCUGUGGCAUUUUUGCGUGGACUCUUGAGCGAUCGAUGGUCUUUCGGGCUGUUGGUCAUGAGGGGGUCUGUCUGCUUUUUGCUGUGGUGUGCUUGCUUUGCUUUAGCUAGAUUCCUAGGUCAGAGGGGCUGAGCUGAGCUCCUUUUUGGGGCUUGGUGGUAAUAGGAAGUUGGUG